AAACAGUAGAUAGAAGGAAGAUUCAUCCAAAGAACAUUAAAACCAAUUAUUUCAAAAACCGCUAGAAAAAUCAAAGAUUGUGCAAGUUAUCCGUUAAUUUUCCGCCACAGACUGUUCAAAAAAUUGUUAUUCAGAGUUGAAAACUACCACUUCUUUCAAAGUAAUCAAUCUUCUCUGAACAUAUAAGUUUAUUGUUACUCACGCCAAGCCUUAGUGUGCCGAUCUAAGUGUCGUGAAUCAAAAUCAUUGGAUUUGUAAUUCAACAUUGCUUGUUACCUCGUUAUUUCAUGUUAUUAGACUUAAUUUAACAAAUUUAGACUGGUGAAACAUUCAUUACCAAUUAGUAACUUUCACAUAUUAUUUGAAUUUCACAAACCAAUAAACUGAAGCCGUGAACAUUAGCAAUUACUCAACAAUUAUUAGUGUUAGAACAAUCUAGAUUUUCGAAAAACAAGACUAGAUAGACUUGUGGAUUGUAUUCAAAUCUCAACCCUAGUUGAUUUCUAUAAUAACCUGCUAAUCGUGAGUGAAAAGACGACAUUAAGUGGAUUACCUACAGUUUUUCAAGUUGAGUGUUCUUUAACUUGAGACUAAUCGGAACAUCAACAUUGUUGCAUCUUCAUAACUUAUGGAUAUUCUUCAAAAUUAUGGAUUUCAAGGAUAAAAGUGAACUAAUGUCUAGAUAACAGUGGGGUCUGUGAGAGAAUUCUCUAUAGUUAAAGAACAGUUCAGUUAAGUAUGCAAAGUUUCUUACAAACUCAGUUCAUAAGUGAGUUUAAUAAGACUUAUUGGAACAAAACUUGUUGAUCUCAGCGACUCAGUGAUAUUCUUGAAUGGAUUACCGUGUUCACGUCAAAUAAAAAACUCUUCUCGCAGCUCAUAAUCUUCUAAAAUACUAGUUUUUAUUAUACUCAUCAAAAUAUUAGUAAUAUAUUUCUCGCAGUGACUGCUCGAACUCUAAGAUUUUGUGGAGAAAAUAUUGGUGAUCAUAGUUACUCUCUCAAGGAUAGAGAAAUAAAAAUACUCACAGUUGGGACACCAUUCUCUAGUCUACUCGGAUCUAGUAAUAAAAAUAUUCUUGGUUGGUAUAGGCUACACAAUUUUAAUUUUGCAGACUUUACUCAGUGACAAAUUUCGAUCAAACCAUAGUGCUUACACUCACCGUCUCCUCUCAUUUCCGUGUGUAAGUGCACCUCAAACCGCGCGUUCAGAACCGCGCGUCUGGAACCGCUUGCGUGUGAUCACUCUGUGAUGCGGCGGCCGCUCCGGAGCCGCUUGGCGUGAGACGGUGAUGCGGUGGGGAGGCGGCGGCAGAAGCGGCGGAGGCGGCGCAAGGAGGUGGCUAAUGUUGGGGGCGGCACUUCUGCUACUAGUCGCCCAAGGCGUGAGGUCGUGCGGUCCCGGACGCGGCGGCGCCGGGCGUCGCAGUCGGCUACGGAAGCUGACGCCGCUAGUUUUUAAGCAACACAUACCGAAUGUUUCCGAAAAUACGAUUGCCGCUUCGGGUUUGGCCGAAGGACGCGUCGAAAGACACAGCAGCAGGUUCCACAAUCUGGUGCCCAACUAUAAUCCAGAUAUUAUAUUCAAGGAUGAGGAGGGAACGGGAGCUGAUCGGUUUAUGACACAGAAGUGUCUAGAACGCCUGAACACGCUGGCGAUCUCCGUGAUGAACCAGUGGCCGGGAGUUCGGCUGAGGGUGACCGAGGGUUGGGACGAGGAGGGCCAGCACGCCGAGGAGUCGCUGCACUACGAGGGCCGAGCCGUCGACCUGACCACCUCGGACAGGGAUCGCUCCAAGUACGGCAUGCUCGCGCGCAUGGCUGUUGAGGCCGGAUUCGACUGGGUUUACUAUGAGUCGAGGUCGCAUAUACACUGCAGUGUUAGAUCAGAUUCGUCACAAGUCGGCAAGACAGGCGGCUGCUUCACGGGCGACAGCCUGGUGACGACAUCAGACGGCCGUCAGCUGAAACUAGAGGAGGUCCGACUCGGCGACGAGAUCAUGGCCGUCGACCCCGACACAGGUCGCACCGUCUUCAGCGAGGUCAUCCUCUUCCUAGACCGCGAUCCUCAGGAGACGCGUCCCUUCCUCAGGAUCGCCACGAAGACAGGCGCCGUCAUCAAGAUGACUCCCUCACAUCUUCUCCUCCGAGUUAACUCCCAGAAACCGGCGCUGAGUUUCGAAGCAGUUUUUGCGGACAGUGUGAAACCGGGUGAUUCUGUUUUACUAGCUAACACCUCCGGUGGGGAUCCCAUCAUAGACCAAGUGCUAACCAUAGAUACAUUUACAACCGCCGGUGUGUAUGCACCCCUAACCCGCACCGGUACAAUAGUCGUCAACGGUGUAUCAGCUUCAUGCUACGCGUUAAUUAAUAGUCAGUUUGUGGCGCAUCUAAGCUUCGCGCCGUUAAGAAUCUAUCUUAACCUUAAAGAAAGUUUGACGAGGUUCUGGACUUUUGCCUCGCAUCCCUUAACCACAAACACGUGGGACCAUCAUAACUAUCUUAGGAAAAGACGCUCGUAUAGUAUACAGUCGGGUAUACAUUGGUACCCGGAGUUUUUGUAUAAAAUUUCGCAUGUUUUGAUUCCUAGUUUCAUGAUGAGGGAUUCUUAGUGAAAAUGGUUCUGAGGAUGUGUGAGGUGCAUGCUCAGUGAACGUUUAAACUCAUCAACGUUUUAAACGUUGAUGUGUCACUGUAAACUGAUCUAUUAGAUUAAUAAAUUAAACUAGAGUAGUCUUUGAAUCCAACAACUUGUCGAAGUGUUGAAUGAACGUUAAACGUCAAUAUGAACUGUAAACUAGUACUCAACUAGAUUAAUUGAACUUGUUCAGUCUCUGAAUCCAACAACUUGUAGAAGUGUUGAUUGAACGUUAAACGUUAAUGUGAACUCUAAACUUUUCAACUAGAUCAAUAAAACUAGUACUAAAUUCUCUCAAUUCAACUUCUUAAGUGAACGUUAAACGUUGAUGUAAACUGUAAACUGAUUAACUAUAUUUGAUUAACUAGUUCUGUCUUUGAAUUCAGCU